CCCCCUCUCGCUCCUCAACAACGCUACAAGGAUGGGCGGCGGACUCAUCUUCCUCAUCCUCCUCGUCGCCAUCGGUGCCGCAGCCGGCGGCUGGUUCGCGACCCCCAAGGGCGACAACCAAGUCACCAUCCGCACCUCGCUCCUCCUCGCCAUCAGCUGCUGCUGGCUCAUGUGGGCCAUCGCCUACCUCGCCCAGCUGCAUCCUCUCAUCAAGCCGAUCCGCUCCAACCUGCGACCAGUCGAAGACUUCUGAGCGCUCCGUCGUCGACCAAGGACACUCGCCCGGCUCACGGGACCCACGGCGAGACGUUCUACAUGGAGGACGAGCAGGGGGACAUGGUGGCGCUGUACACGACCCGCGGUGCAUGUGCUUGUAAGCUGUUUCUGUUCACGAUCGUCUCGCUCUCUCUCGCGUCGUCGGCGCCGGUCCUCGCAUGGUCGUCGGUCCGCGUCGAGCUUCUUCGCCGGCAGGAGUGGACCGGCCGAGGAUGCAGCCGGGCCCUCGGCCAUUCUCCCUUC